UGUUAAGAUGUGUUGACCAAUCAAGCAGGUUGCGUUACUGUGUCUUUUUCCGUGGAAGAACGCCUCUUCCAGUACGAACCUCCUCCUGCUGUGUCACUCCCAGCUCUCCGUGUGAACACACUCUUCUCACCCGAACACCAGGAAGGUCUGUACCGCACGAAUCUCUUCGUUUUAAACUUUGGUAAGAGAAAGCGAAGUUUGUUUCAGCCUGCGAUGCUCACGUCAGCUCACUAAAGAGGAGAAUCGGGGCGGUAAGCAGAUCACAUCAUUUCCCAUGCAGGCGUAGAUCCGUGUGAAUCGUUCUGUUCCUGUGUCCCAUCAUGGCCUCUGCAGAUUUCUGGCCUCUGUGCACAUUACUGUUUUUGGUAGUAGUGCAGGGAAAACAGUAUGCGCUCCCACUACCUGUCCCUGAGAUAGUGAGAGUAUAUUCAGAUGCAAGUGACACGCGUGGUUUCGGUGUUUGGAAGAUGAAUCUUGAAUGGAGGGAUAAUUUCACCAAUGGCAACAAACCAGAGCCAGUCACUUACGACGUGGAGAUCUUCUAUCAUGAGCAGAUGCGACUUGUACAUAAUGAGACAUUAAAAGACCCAAUGGGCACUCAUCAGUGGAGCUGGACUUCACCCUUUCCUCUCCAGUGUACCUCACAUUCAGUCAGACUGCGCACCAGACACCAGAGUGACACCAGUGAUUGGACACCUUUAUACAUUUUAAAAGGAAAAGACACGGAUGAGUUUCCUGAGAGUAACGUGUAUCCUAAAGAUUACUUCGCUCGGGUUGGUGAAGAUAUUGUAUUCUGCUGUAUAUUAAAGACAGAGAGCUUUGCGGGAUUCAAUUCUUCUAGUUUUACAAUCCAGAUCAGCAACAGGACAUACAUCACAGAGCCUGUUCCCUGUGAUGACGUCUCUGCCGCAGAAGGUUCUGAUAUGCUUUGUGAUGGUACAGGUGCCACAAUCUUCACUGGCUAUGCCCCCGAUGACCAGAAUCUUACAUGUGAGACGAGAGAUCUCAAUUCUGUGGAAUGUCACUGGAUCCCUGGGAAAACCAGCAUAUCACUCCUGUUUAAAGUACAUUACACAGUCAAUAAAAGGAAUUGCUCAGCUCAUAUGUGUGUACUGGAUGAGAGCAUAGAUAAGGGGGUAAUGAAUUGGACACUAAAUGCCACAAACGUCCUCGGCACAAAGAUAAUCAGUGAUGUAGCUGAUCCAAAACACAGGGUACGACUCAAAGCACCCACGCUUACAAGUGCAGUUUUAGUUCAUGCAAGGAAUGCCACACUUGAAUGGCAAUGGGGUGAAAUGCCAAAAUUCAAUUCCUUCCCAAUGAUUUGCCAAGUGGAGGUGGAUGGACACACUGUUCAGGAAACAUUUAGUGGAACUGGACUCAAGUCACUGGUCUUGGCAGACCUGCAGCCCUUUACAGGAUACUCAGCUCGUGUGCGGUGUGGCUCUCGUGAACAUUUUUAUAAGUGGGGUGACUGGAGUAACCUCAUCACCUUCUCUACCAAAGAAGACAUUCCAGAAGCUGUGGAUGUGUGGAUGCAAGUUCUUAAUGGACACACUUAUGCUGUAUGGAAGAGUUUAACUGCGCAUCAGAGUCAUGGGAUUAUUACAGGCUAUGAGCUGCUUUUAGGAAGCGCCACAGACGUGACCAAAGAGCACAUCAGCAAAGCCACAAAUGACCACUGUCUCAAACUCAGCCCCAGGAGAGCAGAAGGAGAUUAUUUUAUCUCCAUUUCUGCCAAGAACUCUGUUGGUGUCUCUCCUCCCUCCAAAAUCACCAUCUCCAACCUACAGUCAGAUGGUGGUAUUAUCACUGAUACCAUCAGAGGACACAACGGUAGUUUUAGUAUGUCUUGGGAUCCAAGCCCCAUUUCCAGCUGCGGCUAUGUGGUGGACUGGUUUCCAACAUACAAUACAGAGCAGUGUGCUGUAAAAUGGAUGAAGAUCCCCUCUGAUUUCUCAAAUGCCACAAUUUACUCAGAUUUUGAAAAUGGGGUAAAGUACACUCUCUCAGUCUAUGCGUGCACUUCAGGAGCCCCACAGCUACUGCAGAGAAGAGAAGGCUAUGUGAAAGAGCUAGCCCCAUUAGGCACAGUUCGCAACCUAACAGCAGAGCAGCAUGGCAUGGAUGUUAAGCUUUCCUGGAAAGACAUGCAUGAAGAGGAGAUGAAAGGCUUUUUAUUGGGAUAUAUUGUGUCCUACAAGCGUUCCAGUGGAGAUCAAAAUGAAGAUGUAGAUGAGAAUUCCAGUGAAGACAAAAAAGAUGUCUUUAUUCCAAUAUUAGAGCCACGAAUUCAUGACCCCACUGUUCGAACGCAUACGCUGCCAAAUCUUCGUCCUGGUUACUAUACAUUUGAGAUCAAGGCCUUCACAUCUGCAGGAGAGGGUCCUGGAUCUGUUGUUAGUCUCUCUGUGGAUUAUCAGGCUUACAUACUGAUUCUCAGCAUUCUCAUAGCUUUGGGUACAUUAGCCUGCGUCAUUGCCAUCAUCGUCCUUUGCUGCAGCAAGAGGGAAUGGUUACAGUCAAAACUGUAUUCAGAUACUCCUAAACCGGUGCUUUCAGGAGACUGGCUUACACAGGGAUUUCACCAGUGCCACGUCAUGGAUAAGAUACUGCUUGCAGAAAGUGAGGUGCUCAUGGUGAAAAAUCCAGAACCUUGUCUACAGGUUGUUCCACAGUUACAGAAAGCACAAGAAGAGGUUGAUCUGAAAUCCAAAGAUCCACUGUGGAUGAGAUACUGCAAUGAUGUUUGUGAUCCUCAGACCGUUUCUCCCCUCACCAUUGACCUUUCCUACACAGAGGUCCCAUCCCCAGGGAUUCAGAAUCCUACAUACAACAUUCCUCUGUCCCUUCCAGAUGAUGAUAAUCUAGUGUUAGGUUACAUGCCUCAAAUACAGAAUGUCGACAACCAGCUCCAACCCUGUGAUGUCAGACCUGCCCAAAUGGACUCUGGGGGCUAUCAGCCCCAGUCACAAGGAUCUUCACAAACUACUGAAAUACCUAAUGAGACCAUCUUACCACUCAGUUCAGCCUCAGUCAGUUCUUCUGAGUAUCUGCUUCACAGUGCUUGUAGGUAGUCCUUAGAUAAGAAGUGUCCAGUCUUAUUCAAAAAGGUCCAAUGUGCUUUCAAGUUUUUGUUCCAACAAAGCAGGAGCAACCAUUGUCAGUUGUUUGAAGACUGAGAGCAAUUUAUUAUACCAGUAGAAUCAGGUGAGCUCCUGCUUGAUUGGAAUGAAAACCUACAGCCUUUGUGGAUACAACUGGACACCCCUGCUUUAAAUACAACAUACAGCGGCAUUUAGUAGCACUGUUUAAACUUUGACAAAAAACAACAAGAAAUGUAUGUAUUAUGAUGCACCUGUAAUGUGAGUUUAUUUGAAUGUACCUUUGUACCUUUUUUUGUAUUGUUUGACUACAGUGUAUGUUAUUCUUAAGUUAAAACAUCUCUUGCUUCAAAUAUUCAGAAUAAAUAAUGUUUUAUUUUUAAA